AUGUUUGAAAGUUUGAAGAAUUGGCUAUUUCAUGAUGAUUAAGGAGAUUUCGAAUAAUUUAAAUUAAUUUCAAAAUAACCCAAGUUAAGAUUGCCUCCUAAUUUUGCUUAAUAAAUUCUAGACUUAGAAUUAGAAUUAGAAAAUGAGAAAGUCAAUUAAAAAAUGGUUAAUGAUUUAUUAGCUCUAUAUAAACUAGGAACAGAAUAUUAUGGUUAGAAUGAUGACAAGAAAUAUAAGAUAUUUACUGAAAAAGCAAGUAAGCUUUUAAUGAAAUCAAAUGUGUAAAAGGCAUUUGAGCCAAGUUAAAAAUAGGAAUCAAGAGAUGCUAUAUCAACAGCAAGAGAGUUUAAUUAAAAUAACUCCUUAAUGAGGUCAAUGAUAAACAGAGAUUUAUAAAAAUAAGAAGAAAACAUAUUACAAAGACGUUAAAAUAGAAGAGAGAUUCUAUAAUCAAAAUAGUGA